CCUUCGAGCUUCCUUCCUGCAAGUCUGUUUCCUGCACGCGUCUUUACUUCCUAUUCUACCAAACAUUUCUUGACCGCGCUUACCACGCCCUUGAGAACAUCACAUUUGAGGUUUACGAUGUUACACAUCACCGCCAUGCAGACCUCAGGCGACAGACCUCACCCACCUCCAGGAUAUCGAGCAUCGACAUAGUCUCACAUGACUUUUCUCCUGAUUUCAGCAGUAACGGAUACCACAUCAAUCACUCGGUCAACAUAUCACCACCAAUCGCCAGCUCCCUAAUCCUUCGUUCACGAUACUGCCACGCGCAGUCGCAGCAUACGACACAGCGCAGCAGUUGGGUUGGCUGCGAUGACAUUGGCCGAGCUUGCUGGACGGCUGUUGAAGGGGUCAGGUCACUCGCAGUCACAGCCAGGUGCAGGUCCACACUCAGAACCUCGACCUUCUUUAGAACGAGUGAGCGGGUCUUCGUUCGUUGCGUCACCUGGAUCAGACGGCAAUCGAAUUGCCGGCGUUGGAGGCAUGGUCAGCAACUCCUUUGGAGAACCCAGGGCACCAUCUUUGCAUGCGCCCUCGUGGGCAAAAGCUCGUCCUUUGUCCGACAUUCGUGAGCUCACAGAGCCAAGCUUGGCGGACACGAUACCACGAAGACUUCUGUCGGACGGCAACCUGCCUCGAAAUACGUCGCGACCGGAAGUAUCGCGAAAGCCCUCUGCCGCAUCGAAGCGUCGCCCAAGCACCGAUACUCGAUAUGGCGAGAAUCGAGAACCGGAUAGAAAGAACAGUAUCGAGAGUAACGGCGGCAGAUCUAUGUACCGAGGGCGAUCCUCUAGAACACCAUCACCACCAAGUCCUGCGGACAACAAUAGCAUUUCCAGUAUAUACAGCAUUCCGCCUGGCAGUGUCCCACCCCGUUCGUCCUCGCGUACACGUGCACGUAGUGCAUCUCGAACUCGACAGGCUCCUGCGGCAUUGCCUUCGUCAACAACGCAACGGCUACCUACAAGCACUGCAACGCAUACAAUACCUACGUUACCGCAGCCUCCCCCGAGAGGCGCUGGCCACACCAUACCUCGACAUGGUCAAUCUCUAUCACCUUUACGCCAUGUCGCUACCCGAAUAGAUCCUACACCGCAUGACAACAACCGACGCAUACCUUCCAGAACAUUCAUCCGCGAGCCAUUAUCCAAAGAACUUCUCGAGUUUCCCUCACAUCGUCAUCCUCGCAUCGAGCUUGGAUUAGACCUGUCGGCUGGCAUAUUUGUGGGCGGAGGGUCGAUCGAGGGCACCGUCCAGAUCAACGUCGACGACGCUGAGCGAAUACGUCAUAGAAGGACUCUGGACAUUGCUCGGAUAUCCAUCGAUCUUCUAGGCAUAGAAGAGAUGAGUGGAAACAGGCGCUGUGUCUUUCUAAACCUCGCUACCGAGUUGAUCGAUGAAGACCACCCGCCACCUCAACACAUGGUCUACGACCAAAAGCCAAUCGGAUCCAAUGAUUUGUUCUGGCACCUGAUGCCCUCAGUUACCAAUCUGGCUUUCAAUCUAAGCCUGCCACUCAACGUUGGACCACCACCCUUCCAUUCGAAGAAUGCGCGCAUUCGAUAUGCUUUAUGCGUAUCGCUACUUAUUCGUGACCAUGGCAAGCAGUACAUCGUCAGGACAUCAGACGACGUCACCGUCCUCUCGGUGUACGAUCCCGAGAAAGCUCUCAUGUCUCUCCCGAGUCCUCUCACUGCCUCAGACGAAUGGAUCAAAGCCCGCGACACUACCCUUGAGAUUGUACGGAUAACAGCAGGUUUACAUAGGCAGGUUUGGGUCAGCGGGACCAGCAUCUAUGUCGAUGUGCAUAUCGCGAACAACAGCCGCAAGGUCAUCAAGAAGAUCGAACUCCAACUGGAGCGGGACAUACUAUGUUACAAACACGCCGCUGCAUCGACCAUGGAAAAAUCUGCUGGUCAAGCGCGAAUUUUCGACAACAACGAACGUUCAAUUCUCAGCAAGAGUACCGUUAAGCAGGGCGCUGCCGGAUGGCAUGGCGUACCCUCCCACCAGACUCACAUCCGCACCUGUGACUUGGAAGUGCCUCGCGGACAUGCUACAGUCAAGUGUGGCAAAUACUUCGAAGUGCGAUACUUCCUAAACGUUAUCGUGGGUAGCGCUCAUACAAAGCUGGUCACUGUUCAACUGCCGAUAGUACUCAUUCACAUGAAUUCUCUUGAUGUGGUGCCGAAUUCAGUUGCCCAGGUGGCUAUGGCCAUCGAAGAAAAGCGGACUGCACAUACUUACCAACGCGGCCAUUCUUCGCCUCGACUGGGUCGCAAGCGUUCACAAUCUGUCCAAGGCCGUGCCUUUGCCGCGCCGCGAAUGCAAUCGCUUGAUCGAAUGCGAGCACAGGUCGAAGAUCUGCAGGAGCUUGGGGAGAUACUGGAUCACAGUCCUCGCAAGUACGCUAUACGUCGCAUGAACUCGAAUUGGGACUAUCACACACCACCGUCCAACCGCAAGGGCAGGGUCGUUGACGACGGUGAAGCGGCAGAGCUGCAGGAUCGGCUGCGACGAGUCCGCUCGAACGAGACGAUGGGGUCGAUACCCCAUGCUUUGAACCGAGGGAACUCAUCGACAUCGAAACGUGCCGAGUCAGCGCUUGGGUUCAGGGAGGCUGAAGUCCGAGACGAUAUGGAGCUUGCUGGCCUAGGCAUAUCUGGUGAAGCACCUUUCAAGCAGCGGUUGGAGAGGAGCCGUUCACGCCAAUACCAGUUUGUCAAGAAGAAGAGCGUUGAAAGAUGGAAAGGCGUUGCCUCUUCUGGUGUGGGAUGGCUGAAAGGUAACAAUGGCGGCAGCAAGGAUGAACGAGAACGCGAAGACUGGGUUUGAACCAUUCGCUCCUCCCUGCUUGCAAUGUCUUUUACUCGUGUAGAU